AUGAGGAAACUGAGAUGGGUAAUGGAUGGAGGAGGGUUUUGGGAUUUGGACAUUUCCACUCCCCAAACCCUUGAUGGAUUGGCCUGUCCUGUUCCCGGAGACCCUCUUCCAUUGGCUCUCUCACGAGGCACAAGGCUUUCCAGACCCAUACAACUCCAAUUCAUGCACCGUUUCAUGCAUGCCCCUCUAAUUCCCUCCUACGCCGAACCUCAUGGCUUCUCCCUCCACCGUCUUAUCUCCCUCCCCUUUUCUGAUAACUGGGAUUUAUUUUUACUGGGUCAGUUCAAUUUGCAGAGGUUUGUUUCCUCUGUGAAGAGCAGUGAGGAGAAGCCAAAGGGGAUUUCCUCUUGGUUGAAAACCUUUGCGAGACAUCUGCAGCAGAAGUCCUUGUAUGCCUUGGGCAUCUCUUCAGAGUUCCAGUUGGGGCCAGAUGAUAAAUUGCUUUUUAGCUUAGAUGCGUAUGAUGAUACUGAAAAGCCUCGUGGGAAAGCAGUUUUUCAUCAUAAGUUUCCAGAUCAUGAUCUAACAGUGGAGGCAGUUUAUCCUGGUCUUUUUGUUGAUAAUACCGGUAACUAUUGGGAUGUACCAUUUUCAACGGCAGUUGAUCUUGCUUCUGUGACUACCAGUGACUCUUCCACCGCAUAUCAUUUGUCCGCACGCUACAUUUCGGGGUCACCGAAGCAGUUUCAAAAUAUUCAGAACCAUAAUGAUGGAGUACCACCUGCUCUACUUCCUGGCUUGGCCUUCAAAAGUGCCUUUUCUUACAGGAAGAAAAUUGAUAUUUGGAGAAGUGAAGCCCUAAAGUUGAAAUUGGUGCAACCGCAUGACAUAUUUCUUUCAAAUCCUCAUGUGUCUGCCUCAGGGAUUAUUGGUGCUGCUGCAACCAUUGCUUUCGGGGAUAAUUCAGCAAGAGGACAAAUAGAAGAUGGUAGUCCAGGAUAUUUUCUCCAGGUUUCUGGAGUAAAGUCUUCCUAUCUAGCAGAUAUGUUUGCAUCCGUGUCAUUCACGGCUCAACAUGGAAACUUUCAAAGGCUUUUCCUAGAUCUAACCCAAUUUCAGGCCCGGCUGGAUUUCCCUUCUGGUUUCAAAUUUCUUUCAGCUGCAACUGGUCUAACACAAGAUCUUCUCAAUUCUCAAAAGCCCAGCUUGGAAGCUGUUCAAGCGAUUUUACCCAAUGCUACACUUUCACUUCACCAGCAGAUUGUUGGUCCUGUCAGUUUCAGAGUUGAUUCUGGAAUUACAGUUGAUCUGAAGAACCCUGAUUGGCCUAUUCAUGCUCAGGAACCCGUAUUUGCUUUGGAAUAUGCACUGCAAGUUCUUGGUUCAGCAAAAGCAGUUGCAUGGUAUUCCCCCAAACGGCAAGAAUUUAUGGCAGAACUUCGAUUUUUUGAAACAUAA